AUGAGCAGACAAACCAAUGACGGUCCUCCAGUUGGAUUCUCAAUCAACAAUCAAAUACCUGCACCCCCCAGUGAGAUCUCAAGUGGUUCCGAAACGACUUCAUCACCUUACAUACCGACACCACUAUCUACUGCAUCCAUCACUGAUCUACCUCUACCCAAGGUCAAUCAAAGUCAACGCGUGCAUCAACAUCAACAGCAAGGUCAAAGCAGUAUACACCAACCACCUUGUAUCCCAUCAACUUUCUUACCUUCUCACUACUCCGAAUCGAGAUUCCCUCAUGCACUUCAUUCGUCGUUAUCACCCUUUCAAGCCAAUCGGAUACCGAACAUACCUGAAUUAGAUGAAAGUCUCAGCAGACAUAGCCCGUGGGUAUGGGAAAAAAUGUCAAGAUCGGGUCCAUACCAAUUCGAUUUACUCGGAGGCAUUAAGUUACCUUCUCCGCCUUCAGGUGCGGCGUUCGCCUCGUCGUCACGUAUAACUAUAACAGAUACGGAUGAGAAUGAUAUGGGUGGAUCAGGAUCAGGAGGGUAUCAUCGUGGAACAGUGUUGAUGAAUUUCGCUGAUAAGCCAACUGAGACACCUUUGACAAAAUAUAACUCCUGGAGUGUCGUAGAUGAGUCGGGGAAUGGAACAGAUAAUAAUGAUAGCAGUGAGAAUAAUGGAGGGUUGCCAGCCUGGCAGCCCGGUCCAUCAUCUACUUCAGCCUCUCAAUUGACCAGGUCCGAACUUGGUCUAUCUCAGAUAUCGACUUUAGCUUCACCUUAUCAUUCACACACGUCAAACCCAUCACCUAGAUAUCAACCUUACCAACAUCAACGGAUAACUUCUAGUGCGGCUUCUGCAUCUCAAUCUCCAGCAAAUAUGGGAUCUAUGUUACCCCCGCCCAACCCCAACCCUAGUGGACCGACAACCAUGUCAAUGGGAAGAUCAUGGUCUGAACCUACUUUACCUGAGAACACUCCACACAGCGCUGGUUAUCCAGGUAUUAUGUAUACCAACGUACCGCUACCUGAAGGAUACAUGUCCACGCCACCUUUCGGUGGUAGGGCUGCGGAUUCAGUUCAAGUUGGACCUGACGAAUUCUCACAAGCGUACGAAAUAUAUUACCACAUGUUAUCCGCUAUCCCAUUUAUAACACCUUCCACUCAAUCUCAAUCUCAGAACCAACUCGAACUGUCUCCUGCCUCAAAUCAGAUACAGAUGCAGUCUGCACCUCGACAGACGUUCGAUUCAUUGAUACAAUUGGCUGUAGAAUCGCAUCACCUCUUAACAGGCUCAGCAGCACCUAUGCCGAGUCAACUUCUAGGACCAAACUACGGAUUGCAAAGAGGUAAAAGGAGAAAUUCAGAUCCGGAUAUUGGUCCUGGUCUCAACGCGAUUCCCCCAAGUGGAAUCACACCGAGUGGUUCUGAGAUACCACCAUCGGGAAGUAACAAGAAAUCGGUACCGAAAUGUCUGGGUUGUGGGGCGACGGAAACUCCCGAAUGGAGGAGGGGACCAAUGGGUCCUAGAACACUCUGCAAUGCUUGUGGUCUCGUACAUAUGAAAUUACAACGUAAGAAGAAGAAAGCCGAGGAAAAGGCUAGAGCUGCCGCUGCCGCCGCCGCUACCUCAGCGUCAGCUGGGUAG